AUGGAUCUCCUCCACCGCCUGGCCGCCUUCCUCGACACCCCCUCGAUCCCCUGGAAGCGAUUGAUCCUCACCUUCGCCAUCGGCGAGUUCGCCCUCGAAUCCUACCUCAGCUGGCGCCAAUACCGCGUCCUCUGCCGCACCAUUCCCCCGCCGCAGCUCAAACGUGAGAUCGACCAAAAGACCUACGAUAAGUCGCAAGCGUACGGGCGCGCCAAAGCAAAGUUCGGCUUCGUAUCGGGCGUCUUUUCCCAGAUCAAGAACUACUUUGUCAUCACGCGUAACGUAUACCCCUGGCUGUGGCGCGUGACGGGCACCUGGCUGCUGCAGGCGUGGUGGCCCAAGGCACUGCAGGGCGAGAUCACGCAUAGCUUGGUCUUUGCCUUUACGUAUGGCUUCGCGGAGACGCUGCUCGGCUUGCCGUUCUCCUACUACCACACUUUCGUGCUCGAGGAGAAGUUUGGGUUCAACAAGCAGACGCUGGGGCUGUGGGUGACGGAUCUGCUGAAGUCGCAGGCGCUCAGUCUCGGGUUUGGAAUCCCGCUUGGCUCGGCGUUCUUGUGGAUUAUUCAGAAGACGGGCGACCGCUUCUUCUUCUACCUCUGGGCGUUCACGCUCGCCGUCCAAUUGGCCGCCAUCACCAUCUACCCCAUCCUCAUCGUGCCGCUCUUCAACAAGCUCACGCCUCUCGAAGCCGGACCGCUCAAAGACCGCGUGGAGGCUUUGGCUCAACGUCUCAAGUUCCCGCUCGCGGAGUUGCAGGUGAUCGACGGCAGCAAGCGCAGCGCGCACUCGAACGCCUACUUCACCGGCCUGCCGUGGAAGAAGAAGAUCGUCAUCUACGACACGCUGAUUGAGAAGAGCGAGGUGGAGGAGGUGGAGGCGGUGCUGGCGCACGAGCUGGGCCACUGGAAGAAGGGCCACACCACCAAGCUGCUCGGCAUUAGCAGCUUCCAUCUGCUGUAUGUGUUUGUGUUGUUCAGCGUGUUCAUCAACAACAAGUCGUUGUACGAGGCGUUUGGCUUCUACAAGGAGAAGCCGAUCAUCAUUGGCUUCAUCCUGUUCAACGAAGUGCUGUCGCCGACGGACAGUAUUGUCAAGCUGCUUAUGAACAUCCUGACGCGGAGUAUGGAGUUUGAGGCUGAUGCCUUCUCCCACUCCCUCGGCUACUCCGAAUCCCUCGCCCGCGCAUUGAUCAAACUGCAGAUCCAGAAUCUGAGCUCGAUGGAUGCCGACUAUCUCUACUCCAGCUACCACUACUCGCAUCCCAUCCUGACCGAGCGAUUGAAGGCGGUAGGGUGGAAGGGCGACACCACGGUUGGGACCGGCGUUGCGAAUGGCGGAGUGAAGGCGAAGGACGAACUUUGA